ACAAUCAUUAUCUUCUACAUCUUUCCCAGCUGCCAUACAUUGCGUUGAACAUGAAGUAUAUCACUUAAUUUUAAGCUCUCAACUGGAUUUAUUUAGGAGACAGUGGUUGCUGAAGAGUCGGGAAGAAAGAGCAUCGAUCUCAACUGUGCCCAUUGAAGACGGGAGUUUUGUACAGGAGUUAUUUGUAGACGCAAAAUGACCGAAAGUCUCAGGCAGCGUGGAAAUUCACCGGCGGACGGUGAUGAUUACGACUGUGAUCAUGUCAAGACGUCUGGGAGCUCAGGGGUGGCACUGAAGAAGGAGAUUGGCCUUGUCAGCGCAUGUGGAAUUAUUGUUGGCAACAUCAUUGGCUCAGGCAUCUUUGUGAGUCCUAAGGGCGUCCUGGAGAAUGCCAGUUCUGUUGGCUUUGCUCUCAUCGUGUGGAUCGUGACAGGAGGGAUCACGGCUAUUGGAGCCCUGUGCUACGCAGAGCUGGGUGUCACCAUCCCCAAGUCUGGGGGAGACUACUCUUACGUCAACGAUAUCUUUGGAGGUCUUGCUGGGUUCCUGCGUCUGUGGAUCGCUGUGCUUGUGAUUUAUCCCACCAACCAGGCAGUCGUUGCGCUCACCUUCUCUAACUACAUUCUCCAGCCCCUCUUCCCCUCCUGCUUGCCUCCUGAAGGUGGCCUCCGCUUGCUGGCUGCAGCCUGUCUCAUGCUGUUGACAUGGGUGAACUGCUUCAGUGUGCGCUGGGCUACACGUGUCCAGGAUGUAUUCACUACUGGGAAGCUCCUGGCGCUGGGCCUCAUCAUUGUCAUGGGCAUCGUUCAGAUCUGCAAAGGUCAGUAUUACUGGCUGGAGCCUGCUCAUGCGUUUGAGACAUUCCAAGACUAUGACAUAGGCCUGGUGGCUCUGUCUUUCUUACAAGGCUCUUUUGCAUAUGGGGGCUGGAACUUCCUCAACUAUGUCACAGAGGAGCUGGUAGACCCCUACAGGAACCUUCCUCGUGCCAUCUUCAUCUCCAUCCCUUUGGUGACAUUUGUGUACGUCUUUGCCAACAUUGCCUAUGUCACUGCAAUGAGUCCCCAGGAGUUGCUGGCCUCCAAUGCAGUUGCUGUGACGUUUGGUGAGAAGUUGCUAGGAGUGAUGUCAUGGAUCAUGCCCUUCUCUGUGGCUCUCUCUACCUUCGGGGGGGUCAAUGGCUCUCUCUUCACCUCCUCGCGCCUGUUUUUUGCUGGCGCAAGAGAAGGUCAUCUUCCACGCCUACUGGCUAUGAUUCAUGUGAAGCGCUGCACCCCAAUCCCGGCCCUGCUGUUCACUUGUCUGUCCACCUUGCUGAUGCUGUGCACCAGUGACAUUUACACAUUGAUUAACUAUGUGGGCUUUAUAAACUACCUCUUCUAUGGAGUCACGGUUGCCGGGCAAAUAGUUCUACGCUUCAAACAGCCUGACCUGUAUCGGCCUAUCAAGAUCAGCCUGGUGUGGCCCACCAUUUACCUGCUCUUCUGGGCCUUCCUGCUGUUUUUCUCUCUAUACACUGAGCCCAUUGUGUGUGGAAUUGGCCUGGCGAUAAUGUUUACUGGCGUCCCUGUUUACUUCCUUGGUGUUCACUGGGACAACAAGCCCCAGUGCUUUGACACAUUCAUAGGUAAAGUUACCCAUCUCAGUCAAAAGUUAUGUACAGUAGUGUACCCUGCCAUGGAAGAGAGUCCGACACUGGGGCAGCAGCAACAAGGAGAAGAAGAAAAGAUGGAGAAGCAGGAAGAGGAGAAACCUUCUAAAUCUGAUGCAUGAACUUCUGCACAUAGAGUAGCACGCUAAGGUUACACUUGAAAAGGUAAAUUAUGUUAAAUUAAAGAUAGUACUGGUGCUCCAUCCACCCACAAUCAGGUCCUAAGCUCUGACACUUCAGCACUUCAGUAUCUUGGGGUGGUGAUGGCAACAUGGCAAAACCAAUCUAAAGCUAAACUAUUGCCGCAUUCUUUAUACCUGCCAUCACUCCACAAGUGCAUAGGGGGAGCUUAGCACUUUACCUGUGACACAAGACAACGUCUCAGAUGCACUUUCACUCAAAUGUACUUUUACAUAGCACUGGGUUUUCAUUCGUUAGAAAUGUUGACUGGCCUUAAUAUAACAUCACUGCCUCACAUAUAAUUCUACUGCCCUUUGACAGUAGUGUUCAAUGCAAUAUUUUUGAGGGCUACAAUUAUCAAGGCAGUCAUUUUUACUGUGUUCCUGAA